CAGAUCAUCAUCCCUAGUCUGUUUUGUUUUGUUUGUGAGUGAACUUUAAAGCUGGUAGUUGUGUCUUGUUUUUAUUUUUAUAAUUUAAAUAUUACGUUCCUAACAUGAGUAAAACGAAGUUAAAUUUAAUAGCAGCAGCCUGCGAAAAUUUAGGUAUUGGCAUAAAUGGAGAUCUACCUUGGAGACUCAAGAAAGAAAUGGCAUACUUCUCUUCAAUGACAAGCAAAGUGAGAGACCCAGCGAAGAAGAAUGCAGUUGUCAUGGGUCGGCGUACCUGGGAUUGUAUCCCGUCGAAGUUCCUUCCACUUCCAAAUAGAGUGAACAUUGUGCUUACCAGGCAUGUGGAUGACGUUAAGUCUAAGGUUCCCGAAGGAGUAAUAGUAGUGUCUGGAUUGGAUGAGGCGAUAUCACAUAUCGAAGGCCGUGAGGACAUAGAAUCUACAUGGGUUAUUGGAGGAUCCUCAAUUUAUAAGGCGGCACUGGAGCAUAAAAACUGCGGUAAAAUCUACCUGACAGAGAUCCAGAAGAAUUUUGAAUGUGACACAUUCUUCCCCAAAUUUGAUAAAAAGCAAUUUGUGUUGGUCACCGAAGAUGGUGUGCCGGAAGAACAGCAAGUUGAAGGCGACAUCAGUUAUUACUUUAGGAUUUAUAAGAAACUUUAAUGUCUUACAUUACAUUACAGCGCGGGCGGAGCCGCAGGAAAAGCUAUUUUAUCACAAGUUUCGCCUACUGAGAGAAUUAAGGAAAAGUACCUGGGUGACCGAGCGGUGCUCGGUGGGCGUCAGAAAAUCCAUUAAAUAUUAAAAACAAAAUAAAACUAUCCGUUGCUGAGGAUCGAUCCUG